AUGCUCCAUAUAAGGCAAAAAUUACCGCUGCAAUACAAGACACUUUAUAGAUCACUUCCAGCUAUUAAUCUUGGUGUUACUAGGCUAAUAUCAACAAGAACCAGCUCACUGGCUUCUGUUUCAACCAGUAAAGGCAACAAUGGUGCUAAAGCGUCAGAACAUUACAAUCCAAUAUUUGCGUCUUCAGCCGCUUCAGUUUCUUCAUCAAGCUCAAAGUUUUGGAGUCAUAUUCCAUUAGCUCCAGCAGAUCCAAUAUUGGGUAUCACAGAGGAUUUUAAUAAAGAUUCAAAUCCGAGAAAGAUUAAUUUGAGUGUUGGUGCUUAUAGAGAUGAUCUUGGUGAACCCUUUGUAUUACCUUCAAUCAAGAGAGCAAGUAAAAUCCUUUAUGAACAUGAAUCUAAUAAGGAAUACACGGGUAUUAAUGGAUCCAAAAAUUACAAUACUUUAGUUAAAAACUUUCUUUUUGGUCAUUCAGAUAUUGGGAAACAGUUCAUCAAAGAAAAUAGAAUAUCAACUUCCCAGUCAUUAUCUGGUACUGGUGCUUUGAAAAUUGCUGGUGAAUUUUUAAAAAAUUGGUCACCAUAUAAAUCUAAUAUAAUUUACUUAUCAAAUCCAACUUGGGCUAAUCACAUCAAUAUUUUUAAAAAUUGUGGAUUAACACCAAAAGAAUAUACUUAUUUCAAUCCUGAAACAAAUGCAAUCAAUAUCGAUGGAUUACUCGAAGAUUUAUCAAAUGCUGCUCCUGGAUCAUCUGUUUUGUUACAUGCAUGUUGUCAUAAUCCAACUGGGUUAGAUCCAUCAAGAGACGAUUGGAACAAGAUAAUCGAGAUAUUGAGCGAACGCCAACUAGUUCCAAUUAUCGACAUUGCUUAUCAAGGGUUUCAAUCAAGUUCUCUAACAAAAGAUCUGUUCUUGAUUGAUAUGAUCAACGAACAAAUAGAAGCAGGUAAAUUGCCAACUGCCCUUAUCUGUCAAUCAUUCGCUAAAAAUAUGGGACUUUAUGGUGAACGUAUUGGCUCUUUUUCUAUAAUCACACCAGAUUCUUCAACAACUCAAGCUGUUGAUUCUCAGAUCAAGAAAUUGAUCAGAUCAAUUUAUUCAUCACCUUCAAUUCACGGUGCAAAAUUAGUUGAAAUUGUGUUAUCUGAUAAGUCAAUUUACAAACAAUGGGAGCAAGAUGUUGUUAUUAUGUCUGAUCGUAUUAAAGAGAUGAGAUUUGUCUUGUAUGAUUUAUUGAAAGCUAAGAAUCCAAAAUCAAAUUGGAAACAUUUGAUCAAUCAAAAUGGUAUGUUCUGUUAUACAGGUCUCUCUAAGGAGCAAAUUUUGAGACUAAAAUCAGAAUUUUCCAUAUAUGCAACAUUAGAUGGUAGAUUCUCCAUCAGUGGUAUUAACAAAGGUAAUGUUGAAUAUUUAGCUGAAGCUAUUGAUCAAAUUACAAGAUAG